CCGGUGGCGGCGCGCCGAUGCGCCUGCCCCCGACGCCCGCGCCGCUCUCGCUCCUGGUGCCGCUCGCGCGAGCUUUACCCGGCUGUGUCGACGACCGUCGUCGGAUGGAACCCGGAGUGCACCCAUUCGCAUCAAGCGGCGGGAGCUAGCUCAGACAUGGGAAGUGAGCACUAUUGCCUGAGGUGGAACAAUCAUCAGAGCAACCUGCUCGGCGUAUUCAGCCAACUGCUUCACGACGAGAGCUUGGUGGACGUCACGCUCGCCUGUUCCGAAGGUGCCUCCAUCCGGGCUCAUAAGGUAGUUCUAUCGGCGUGCUCCUCAUACUUCCGUUCAUUGUUCGUGGACCACCCCUCGCGCCACCCCAUCGUGAUCCUCAAGGACGUAGGCUUGGAAGAGCUCAGAACUCUCGUCGACUUCAUGUACAAAGGCGAGGUCAACGUGCAAUACUGCCAACUGCCAGCUCUCCUUAAAACCGCUGAGAGCCUUCAGGUAAAAGGAUUAGCUGAAAUGACGACACUAAGUGCAGCCGGCAUCGAUGCGAGAAACGUUCCAGAACCUAUGGAGGAAUGCCAACAAGAUAUCAGAGAAUGCACAGAAACGCACGAAAGGUUAGACAUGCGGGAGUCUAGGGAUAAGGAAGAACGAAGAGAAGGAAAGGAUAGUAGAGAAAUUCGUGAAAGGGACAAAGAUACCAGGGACAGCCAUAGAGAAGCUCGCGAAAACAGGGAUCUAAGAGAACAAAGAGAAUGGGAUAGAGAACGUGAGAGAGAAACGCGUGACUUAAUUAGAGACACUAGAGAUACUCGUGAUCCACGUGAUCAUAGAGAGUUGAGGGACCAUAGAGAAUCACGAGACGCAAAAGAUAAUAGAGAACCCCGUGAUUUGCGAGAAAUAAGGGAUCCGCGAGAUCAUCGUGAAUCACGUGAUCCCAGAGAGGUGCCCGAAGCCUCCCCUCCCAGAAUAUCCCCCUUAUUAUCCGUGCGACGAUUUAGGCCUGAAACAUCAAUUGAAACACCGACGCUGACGCAUCCACCUAUACCAAAAGAUGAACCACCUGACGAGCCUAUGCGGCCAUCUUCACCAGAAGAAGAUUCAGUAUCAAUUAGGUCGAAUGGUGCGAAUGAGAGCGUGGGUAUCAAUAUGACAAUAAACAGCCAUGGUGUCCUCGGGCCAAGGUAUUCACCUGUGGAACAGCGGCUGAGUGUGCUGAACACACUACCUCACCCGGGCCUGCCGCAUCCGUCACAUAGCUCUCUGUCAAGUCCUAGGAAUGAACCGAUACCUGGCCCCUCUGGUUUGCCACCUGUCCAACAAGUACCUUUGUCCCUAAAGAAAGAAGCAGACUGGGAUAGGAACAAUGAGGAGAAAGUUGGAGAGCCUUCCACAGAGUACAGACUCCAGCAUGAAUCGAUGUGCUUGGACAUGACAUGUGGUUCGCCGAGCAUAGCCAGUCCGUUACCAGCCAGCAGCCCGACAGCGCUGCCGCUGUGGUCACCGCUCCUCGCCCUGCAGGCGUGUCGGCUGCGCAGGUAUCUCAGCGACGACUGCAUGGCCUACCAGAGCCGCCACUUGCUCCACUCGGAGAGACGACGAUGCGGCGUCUGUCUCGCUUCCUUUCCCUCCGCCUGGCUUCUGGAAAGGCACGCCGCCUUGCAGCACGCGUCUCAGUCGUCCACCGACGACAAGCCCUUCGUCUGCGAACAGUGCGGGCAGAGCUAUCGGUACAGAUCCGCCUACGUCAAGCACAGAGAGCAAAACCACCGAGCCAGAUUACCGGCAGACAAACUUUUCACGUGUGACGUAUGCGGCAUGCAAUUCAGAUACCUCAAAUCGUUUAAAAAACAUCGCCUGAACCACACGCUCGAAAGACUUCACACUAAGAAUACUGAUCCGGAAGUAGAAGUCACCAGCACUAACGAAGUUCUGAUCGGCCAGUGCGGCGAAAUGGACUUGUCGAUGAAGAAAAGGAACAGAAGCGACGUCCGAACGCCGCCCAUCGAAGUAAUUGGGGACAUCGAACAAGACAGCACAGUGGACUCCAACGGUCCCACAGAUUCCAUAGUCACAGUGGACGACUCCAACGAUUGCAGGAACUCGAGUGCGGAAAGCGACACUAAAAGAGACGAGCGCUCGAACGAAAGGAGGCGCAAUCCUGUGUCAUUCGCCAGCGUCAGCUCGAUGGCCGAUAGCUCUGAGAACGAGUCGCGCGGCGACGGGAGUAAACUCGAGAGCUCCAGCUCACAUUCCGGAAUAUUGGGGUUCUUGCAGAACGACGACAGGCAGAGGGACAGGGAGCGGAGAUUCGCGUGUCCGUUUUGCGGUAAGUGCGUGCGUUCCAAGGAGAACCUGAAGCUCCACGUGCGGAAGCACACCGGCGAGCGGCCCUUCGUGUGCCUGUUCUGCGGACGCGCGUUCGGAGGCAAGAGUGACCUGACGCGGCACCUGCGCAUCCACACCGGCGAGCGGCCCUACCACUGCGAGGCGUGCGGCAAAUGCUUCGCGCGCGCCGACUACCUCUCCAAGCACCUCACCACCCACGUUCACAACGCCCGCUGAUCGACUGCGCCGUCCUGUUUUCAAUCUUCGCAUACCUCUAUAGUUGAUGACCGAGUCAUUUUAUAACAGCAAAUCGGAAUAUUUUUUAAAAAUGUUUUGAAUCUUUACACUUUAUUGUGGAUAUAAUUAAGCAGGUCUAAAUAGAAUUUUACCAUGUUAUUUUUUCUUUUCGGAGUGGUAUCCAUAGUUUAAUAAAUAAUUUUCUAUAUUUAUUCUAUUACAAAUAAUUGAACGAAGAAAUGCAAAGAAAUAGAAAGGACUAACUUUAUCAUACGUCACACUACAUUUUAUCGCGUAGGAAGAAGGCUAGAUAUUAUUUAACGAUCGCUUAUUAAAUUAUUAUUUAUUAUUAUAACAAAAAAAUUGAACUGAAGAAAAGAGUCUGAGUAGAGUACGAUUCGGUUAAUAUUGUGGUUUGUUUUGGGUAUGUCAAUUAAUCUGUAGAGAAUCUUUACUAAAAUUAUUUUAUUUAUUUAAAAAAUACUUUGCGCGGUUACAAAUUAAGAUUGAAACUUAUUCCAUUGAUGGGGAAUUUAGAAAAUUGUAGUGUUGACGAUAGGUAGGUAAAAGAAUGCAAAAAAGCUGUGAUUAAUAUGAUUAAGACCAGUCAACAAGUUUUAAAACAUCGAAAAUGUUUUAUGUAAUUUAAAGUAAGUUAAAUGUCUAGAUAUAAAAUUCAUUAUAGAUUUAAGAAAUCUCUCUGUGCCAAAAUAUGUACCUCAUAAAAUAAACCUUGAAGUAGCUAAAGUAAUUGACAAGAUUGUUUAUACACAUUUUUUUACAUAUAAUGUUGUAUAUGCAGGUUCAUAUUAUAAACACAGUUUGAUAAGAUUCUGUUGUGAUUUCGCAGAACAAAGAAUACUAGCCCGCGUCAUUUCGCUAUUCUGGAAUACUGAACACUUUACAUAGUCGAUCGCCAACAUAAUAUACAACAUAAUAUUUCUAAGAUAAAUACAAACUGCCGAUAUUGUGAUAUUUCUUUGUAGACGUAGACCGCACAAGUAGAAUUUCAAUUUUUAUUGAGACUCAGAAAGCAGGUUCAUUUUUGAUCUUUAAACAAGCAAAAACGUUGUAUUUUACUAAAAGAACAUUUUUUACGAUACAUUGAAAGUUUAUUUAUAAAUAAUAUUCUUAUUAUAUUUAUUUUUUCCGAGUUCAGAUUCAGGUUCGACAAUAAUUCCUCCACCUACAAGUUACUCCAAAACCAGAGGACAUUUAUAACAUCAGAUGUUGACUCAAAAUUGUAAAGUCCAUAAUUUAAUUUAAAAGGCAAAAUAGGUAUUUUGCAAUUUAAAUUAAAUUAUGGACAUCUGAAAAUUUGGACUAUGUCACAUCUUAAUAACAUCUGAAUUAAUUAAACCUUACGUUACUCCAAAUAUACCUGAGCAAACCGCUUGUUUUCGAUUUCGAGAUUCGAAGUUUCGAAGAAUUUCGAGUCAACGAUCAGACAGAUAUUUUUGAAAAUUUUGAAAUAAAUAAUGCAAUUUCUUUCGUCUUCCAUCCUCUCUUCCUAAUUUUUAUUAAUUAUAUUCCACAUACCCUAAGUUCCAAAUUUUAUUGGUUAUUCCUAAUAGUUAUUACAGCUAAAAUAUUUUUUAUAUUUCUGGAUGUUACAGAACCGUGUGUAACGCGUUGUCAAUUACAUAAUUACAAAUAAGAGAGUUAUAUAUUACUUAAUGAUUAAUACUCAAUAUUCCAGUUAGCGGGCCAGUAUUUUUUUAAACACAUAACUACCUACACUUUAAUCCGUCGGGCAUUAGUUACAAUAUGUAACAAAAACUGUUUUUAGAGAUAUACAAACAAAAUAAACUAUGUAUUUAAUUUCGUUUUUUGAUCUUGUAAGAUAAAUAGUCAAUGCAACGAAAGAACUAGAUCAUACCCGCUAAAACUGCAAGUUAGGGUUUAUAAUAGUCUAAUUUAUUUAGUUAGUACUGUUGUCAAUAUAAAGGGAUUCUUAAAUGACUCACUAGAGACAUUAAUAAAAUAAUGUUGAUACUACCAAUCGAGCAAUCUGUGGAAACGUUUGUCUAUUGUCUAGUUUCGAAUUUGACAUCUACCUAUAUUUUUCUGUCUACUAAAAUAUAACAUUAUAGAGAGCGAGAUAAUACCUAUUUCUUAUAGUCAUCUUUAUAAAAGCUCUACACACAUAACAAGAAAAAGCUGACGCUUUAGACCACCUUUUAAUUUCAUUAAAUAGUAUGAACAACAUAACAAAUGGGAAUUAAAAAAAUAUCAAUUGAGUCCAAAAAGACCAAAAAAUGCAUUUUAUUAUACUUAAUAUAAUAUUUUCUGCGGUUAACACUUUGGUUUUUUACAUUUUUUUUUAUAAUUUUUUUUUUAAAUUAAAAAAAAAAUCAUUUUAUCAUUCAAAUUAGUUUCCUUUUAUUAAGGACUCUGUGUCAAAUCGCAUAUAUAUAAAUAAAUAUAUUAUUUUUCUUAAUCUGUAUAAAAUUUUAACUAAAAACUUACUUACAUACUUGGUAAAGGUAGGUUUAUUGAAGUGAGUCUUUUAAGAAUUUCUUUUGUAUUAUUAGUUUGUUCAUUGUUAUACCUACCUAAUAAUACAGUUGAAAUGAAAAAUGUAUAAUAAAAUAUUAUUGAAUUUGCCAGAGGGAUAUUAUUAUAAGUAAUAUUUAGGUAGUAGAAAAAAACUUUUAGUAUAAAACGAGAAGCAAUACUCUGAAUUUUUUUUUAAUUUUUUACUACCGGAAUACUCUGAUAAUAAAAUUGGCAUUAAGCGCAUGCUAAUUUAAAAGUCGUCUUUUCUGUGAAUUUCCAAUUAAAAUUUACAUUGUACAAUUAAGGUGUGUAGAAAACAUGCCGUCAAAAUUAUGAAACGCAUUAAAUUGUGUGUGUAGAUAUUUGCCAUUACGUCAAAUUUAUAAUAAAAAAAAUAUUAAUCAUUCAAAAUUGAUGUUGACUGUUUUUAUAAUUAUAUCAGCCGUAGUUACUUGAUGUUGUGGUGUAAAUUAGUGUCUUAUUAUAUAAGAUCGAUAAUCACUCAAAGGUACUCAAACCUACACAGAAUUUUAUGUUUCUUAUACACAGAUGAUCUCCGAUAUAUAUAGUUUUUGAACAUAUAUACUUUUUUACAUAUGAAUAAAACACAAUAUGAAAUAAACCCAGUCCGCCAUAGCCUGGUGUCUUUGAGUGAUUACGUUGAAUUCUAGUAGUAUUUAAUAUCGGUGUGGUCUUCUUAAUAAUAAACAUGUUCACAUAACUUAUUAAUUUAAUUCAUAAUAUAUUAUAAUUUAAAAUCAGAUUCUAAAAAUAAUAUAUCGAGCACAGCAAAUGUUUUGUAAAUAUGUGCUAUAACCAGGACAAUUGUGAUAAAUUAGAUUUUAAGUGAGAUCUUCUUUUGAAAUUAUGAACAACUAAAUUCAUAAAUCAAUUCGUUAGAGCUGAUAGGGCAUAGAGACUUUACUUCAUACAAAUGUAAAUUGGUAGAAAUUGAUACACGUUUCUCUUAAAUUUGCUUUAUUUUGAACGCAUUAAAUAUAUAUUUUAAUUGAUAAAUUUAAAAAAGAAAACUUUUAGUUUAUGAAUGGAAUACAACAGAAAAUUGUUUAAAUGCCUAAAUUUGAUUUUACCAUUUCUCGAAAUUAUCAGAUGCAAUUAUUUAUCAACUGUUCUCAGUUUUUGAACAAUUCCAUAAAAGCUUAUUAUAGUGAAUCAGGAAGGAAUUUUUUUCUGACUUGUUCAUUGGUAUGAUCAGCUAGAUAAAUACCUACCUCCUUAUGUCUGUACCUAACGUGUAUCAAUUUGUGAAAAUGCAAGUUUCUAUGCAGUAGAUUGUCCUUAAAAAAUUAUAAGCACAGUGAUCGAUUAUUUCAAUGCUAUCUAUCUAUAUGUAUAAAUCUUAAAGGCCACAUGUUUUACGUAAUUUCUUUGAUUUAAUUUCACCGUGGUUUGUGAGCUAUUUUAUAUUGAACGUCAAUUUUUAUUCGUCAUACAAGUUGUGGGAGAACUAUUCGAGGCAUCAGAUUUACGUUAAGUCGAUGCGAGAGACACGUGUGUUUAUAAUUUACAAUAGCGCACAAUUUUGAAGCGUUUUUACAUAGUGUAUUAUCUCCGUCCAGUUACUGUCUACUCUUUGGAUCAAUGGGUUCUAAGGAUUGUAGCGGCUUUUCCAUUUAUCCAUCAUAGAAACUCUAACUCCUUUACCCUGACAUACGUUGCAGAGUAUUAAUCGUUGUGUGAUUUUUUAUGGUGGGUAAAUAGAAUAAGUUCUAGCAGAAACAAUUAAAAGUUCUGAAGAUGGCGCUAUAACUACAUUUGUGCAGUUCUUCAAAAUAAAUCAAACCAAAAUCUUCGUCUUGUCAAAACAAAGUCAUCCAUAAACCUUAUUAAAUAGGAUUUCUUUUAUCGAUAUUAAACACUAAUUUGUGGAAAUGCUUGCCCAAGAAGUUUCUCCUAAAAAAUCUAUCCAAAAUGCAUACACGUUGUUUAUAAAAUGUUUGAAAUCUUUUGUUAAAUGUGUCUUAUUACUUCACCAACUAAAUGAAUUAUUUCUUACGCUACUCUCAUAUCAGUUGAUUGUUUCUGCGUGAGCUUCUCGUUGGGUCACACAUUUAUUUUAUGGACACUAAUGCAAUGGUAAAAUUUAUUGAUGUAUGAACAAUGUCUUGCUGCAUCGAUUAUUCCGAAGGCGAUAACAAUAUCGUUCGAUAUAAAAGUGUUAAUGUAAUCUUCAUUUCCAUAUACAUCGAAUAACAACGAUCAAUAAGACUUCGUAAAUGUUUAAAUAAUUAAUUGACGUAAGAUCUUUUGAAUGUUCUAUAUAGUUUCCGAAAAAGCAAUCACCGAAGAGAAGAUAGAGAGAUAAGAUAAAAGAUAUUGAACUAUUUUAGUGUAGUCGGUGUAUUAAGAUAAUUUUAAUGGAAUGGUCGAUGGACAAUCUCGUGGUGGUUGCUAAAAUUGUGAUAUUACUAUUAGUUGUUACCGCGUAUUGUCUGACAGCUUAAAGAUCUAUUCUGGUCUUAUCAGGGUCAGGGUUUCGGAAAAUCCAACCCGAGUUGCGUCUCGUCUUACAAAUUUCAGAUGUCUUUUAAAUUUUGUAGACUAGAUAAGUUCAAAGUGCAAAAUGCAAGUAUUUAAUUUUCUGACAUGAAAAGGAACGACACUAAAAAGAAUAAAUGAAGAAGAUGAAGAAUUGACUAUAGUUGAGUUUCGUACUCAAGUAAAAUGUUUAAAUCAAUAACAUUCCUUUAGAUAGCUUCAUAAAGUUUGUCCAUGAUAGUUUCUGUUUGGAAAUUAUACCUAGGUACCAUAAUAAUUGUAAUUACCUUUCGUGAAACAACACAGCCGCAUUUACAGGUUAUAAAGAAUUGUGCUUGAUGAUAAAUUUGUGAAGAACAACGGCAUGUCUUUUGUGAUAUGCGGAGACUCGGACCCUAAUAUGUCUAGAUAGAUCACGAGGCUUAGCAUCCAUUGGCUAAGCAGCGCAACGCAACAAGACUAUUACCUAAGGCUUUUAACACCAUUAAUAUGAACAGUAAACGAAACCUACGAACUCAUUAUGCGCUGUUUACCCAUGUGUAUUAGCUGAUUUCUGGCUUAAUUGUAUUCUUACUUAUACAAUACAUACAUAUAUACUUAAAUAGCAAUAAUAGACAUUUUUUUAAUAAUUACUGACUGACAUCUUAUGACUUGGUAUACAUGACUUUUCGUAUGUCCUUAAAUCUGCAGACGAAGCAUAUAACCAGCCUAAAGUGGAAAAAAUGCCUAUGAUAGAACAUCAUCUGGUAAGAAUACACUCGGUGUCUUGCGCCUGUUAACCUGUGACAGAUACCUAAGUUCCUGUAUGUAAUUUCACGGCAACAUUAUCCUUAUAUUGGAACACGUCAUACUAGAUACUUCCCUCGAUGAGUUCUCUUGUUGCGUUGCGUUGCCUGUGGGACUCUCCACACCAGCCAUCGAUUGACGUAGACUGAUUUUCGGGUAGAAGUAAAGUAGGCCAGAACUUUCGCAGUCAAUAAGUAAUAUUAUAAUUAAUAAAAUAGGUAUUCAUUUUAAACUUUUUAAAAGCCAAAUCGCUGUCUCAAUAGUUUUAUAAUGUAAAAAAAAAAAAACAAUAAGAGAGUUUAUUUAAUUUUAAACAUAACUUAUACAUAAUGUUUUAUAUACCAACCUUAAAUUAUUUUUCAGAUGUAUUGAUUUUUAUACAUGUCCAUAUACAAACAAUGAAUAGAGGUAAGUGUAGAUAACGUAGAUGGGUCUAUUAACCGCGUGGUGCUACAAAGUGUAAAGAUAUGUGAUAGAUAUUGUUCUUCAGAGACAUUUUAUUUAUUGAAGCUUCCAUAGUAAAUAAAAUAUGAACAUUAACAUUUUUAAUAUACAAACAAGAUCAGCAAUAAUUUGGUUUAGGUACAAUAAUAGACGUUCUAAUAUAGUAAACAAUUCAUUAUUGGGCAUUGUGCAAACGAAGACUCUGUUGGCAGUCUCACCGGAUAUUCUGAUUCGUCGUUAAAACUGUAUGCGAAUACAGUUGUACGAUAAAUAAAAAAGUUACUAAAAUAUACAUAAAAUGAAACAGCAAUUUGUGAGUAGGUACCUAUUGAAAUAUUUUAAAUGUUAGUGCGCUUAAACAACUGAAAUAACUUUUUAUUGAAUAGGUAGUAGGUAUCUUGAGGACAUUUUUGUAUCUAGUUGUGAACACUCUGUGAAGGUUUUUAGGUUUGUGCCGAGUAGGAGCAACUGGAAACUAUUUUGUCUGAGAAUGGAGUGAUUUUUUUCAUCUAAAUUUGAUGUGUAGUUUUGGGCGUAUUCGUUUGCAUGUCAAUUGCUGUAGUAAGAAAAGAGUCUACGUUUGUACAAUGCCUUUCAUUUCUUCAUACCCAAGCAACAAGCAAAUAGUUUGAACACCAUUUUGAAUUGUAUUCUAUAUUGGAACAAGUUAUAAAAUAAGAUUAUUAUUUUCCAGUAUUUAUGAACAAAAAGAAAAUGUAUUACGUGUCUCUUGGAAACCAAAGUAUCUACGUUGUUUUGAGUUUACCAGUCUCUUCACACUUGCGUUUCUUCAGAUUAGGUAUUAAUGUGAUGCAAGUGACGAGCUAGGUCAUCUGGUAAAACGUUCGUGUGAAGUGGCUGCUUAAUCUUUGGUCGGAGCGUAAUAGAAUAAUUUCAAUGUCUGGCGAUUAUUGUUAUACAAACUCUGUUAGAAGAGUUUGAACACUUUUUUGCAGAAUAGUUUUUCGUUUCUUAUAGAGUUUAGUUUGUUUUUCGUUUAUACAUUUUUAGUAAAUUUAUUAUGUAUUUGUAAGUUUAACGUAUUUGAUACAGUUAGAUAGUUAAUGAUUUGGUUUGACUUGUCAAUGGUCGCUCAUUAUAUGAAUGUGUUAACUUGUUUUAUGGCCUUAUUAUAAUAUAAAAUGUCGUAAAUUGUAAAACAAUAAGCUUUGUAUGGUACAAUUUUAUAAAUGCUUACGGCUCUACGGGCAGAUUUUUAGGUUGACUCUUAAUAUUAAUAAUAUCUUAGUCUCAUUUCUGGUAGAUAGUUAAAAAAAAGGUUUUUAUGUUGUAAAAUGUUUUUAAUUUAAUAUAUCUGUGAAUGAGGGAAUUCGCCCAUUGGACAAGCAAAUCAUUUUGCACUGUGAAGAAGUUUGUCUAAUUUGAUUUUAUUUGUUUAAUUUUGCACUUUUGGUUCAAUUUAAUAUUGUACAUUGUAAAUCUAAAAUAUUGAAAUUUUAUACUUAAUAUAGGUAUUUUAAUCUGUUGUAAUCUUGCAGUUAACGAUGUAGAAGUCCAGUUACCAAUUAGACUAGCGAAGCAUGAAGUCAAGAGUUCUACUAAUUCAAGUAAUUUAUUGCUAUGUUCAUUUAAUUCGAUUAAAUUUUUAAUUUGACAACACCAUACUGAGGGAUCUUGGACAACGAAUAUUUACUUGAAUUUUAUUAACUCUUCCUUAAUAGAUAUUAAGAAUUUGUCCAGAUUGCUUCAGUAAUAAAUGCUCUACUUUCUACCUCAAGCGAUUGUUGCCGGGCAAUUAUUGCUCAAAAAAUUGCCCGUAUAACAUCUAGGAUGUAUUAUGUGAAUGUAUGAUUUUUCGAUAUCGUUGAAUUGUUGUGCAACGGAGAGUACUUAGUAGUGAGUUUAUCUUUUGUUUGUUUCUUUUGGUUUGUUAUAUUUAUGCCCGAUGGGUGAAUUCCGUAAUUUUAAGCCAACGUUAGUGUAAUACUUACUGUUAUAUGAUAUUAUAAUAUAUUUUUUUUACUGGUAUAUUUCAGAUAAUUAUUACUGUUAAACAGAUGAACCUGUUUUAUAGUUUUAACACGACAAAACAUUUUAAAUAGGAAUUUUAUAAAUUUUUAUUUGACAAUGUCGAAAGUUUUAUCUACGAAACAGUCCAUUGAUUUUUAAAUCUCUUGUCCAUUUUCCAAGUAACUUAGGAUAUAGUUCGAUAUUUUGGAUAUGUAUUAAGCCACUUUAAAAAAUUGCUAUUGUGUAUAUUGUUUCAAUUAAUAUUAUCGAUGUGCAAAAUUAUAGUAAAUGUCUUGGAUCUCUAAAAAUUAAGAAAAAAAAAAAGACAAAAA